AUGUCUGGCCGUGGCAAAGGUGGCAAGGGUCUUGGAAAGGGUGGCGCCAAGCGUCACCGCAAGAUUUUGCGUGACAACAUUCAGGGAAUCACCAAGCCCGCUAUCCGUCGUCUCGCUCGUCGUGGUGGUGUCAAGCGUAUCUCCGCCAUGAUCUACGAGGAGACCCGCGGUGUCCUCAAGACCUUCCUCGAGGGUGUCAUCCGUGAUGCCGUCACCUACACUGAGCACGCCAAGCGCAAGACCGUCACAUCUCUCGACGUUGUCUACGCUCUUAAGCGCCAGGGCCGUACCCUCUACGGUUUCGGUGGCUAAAUCAUUUGUGCUUUUCUUUUCCGGGCUGGUUCUACGGUACGAUGGGACGUUGGGGUGUUCUCUGAUUUAUUUUACUACAAUCGUCAUGGGUCUCUGGGUUUGCUUUUACACUCGAUUACCACUAUUGCGCGUCCACUACGGGUCUGCUAGUGUUCGCUUCUGAGCUUUUUUGUAUCAUAGCGGCCUUCUUCAUUACGGCUGGCACCUUCACGGUGGGAU